UACUGAAGCAACUCACGAUAUCAGGACAUCAUUCAUAUCAAGAUCCAGCAAUAACAGAUUCACGCAAAGUCCCAAUAGAUAUUCUUAGAAAAUAAAAAUGUGAAGGCCGUUGCCUGUGCCAAAUAUUUAUUUAAGAAAAUAAAAUAUAUAUGUCAAUAUCGCAUAUCGGAGAUCUGUUACAAGCAAUUUCAGUAUGUCACACUUCGCACACACUUUGGUGUAUCAUGUCUCGCAAUAAUCUAUAUACAGACAUCCUAGUAUUUACAUCGGACAACUAAAUAUAAGAAUAGAAGGCUGGGUAUGCAUUUAUUUCUUUAGAUAUUAUAAUCGAUACAUUCCGCACGAUAACACAUCAUCUCUACCACUUGACAGGUUGUCAUUUACUAUCGCAGUGUAUGCAUUACGUAACGUGACACGUGAGAUUAAAGGUUUUCAUGUAAGUAACAUGUAGUAUUUUCACAUAUGACACUCUAUUCUUUUCUAGUGAAAUAUUUGUUUGUUCUUUACAUCGGAAAACGAGACCAAAAAAUGUAAUCGACUACGCACCGUCGAGGAUAAAGUAUCGCUCAAAAAGCUAUGGAGCUCGUCUGGAAUUAUUAUUACAGCAUUACGAAAAGAAUGCUAUCAUUAGUUGGUCAGUGGCCUUAUCAGAAAAGAGGAGAGAGGUUGUUCCGAAUGAUUCUAGUGACUAUGACUGAGCUUUCUGUGAUGGUUACGCAGGUAGGAAGAUUCAUUCAAUGUGACAAAAACGCGCGAUGUAUCUUAAUAGGUAUACCGACGUAUCUAAUGUACACUGUAAUUAUGGUGAAGCUAUUCACAUGUCAAUUUUAUAGUAACAAAAUUAAACAUCUCACCGAUCAACUAUGUAGCGAUUGGACAAAUUUGAAAAGCUUGGAAGAAUACGAAAUUAUGAAAACGUAUGCAGCAAAAGCAAGAUUGAUUUCUUUGAUUUAUUCCUCAUAUUAUUACAUAUGUUGUCCCCUGUUUAUGCUAUUUAGUCUUACACCGAAGGUAUUAGAUAUCGUAUUGCCCCUCAACGAAUCCCGCCCUAUAAUAAUGCCUCAGGAAUGUCACUAUUUCGUUAGCGACGACAGAGAAUACUUCUAUUACAUUCUUUUCCAUGUUGCAAUAUCUAUAAUAAUAAUUAUAACGGGACUACUCGCGCAUGAUUGCAUGAUCUUGACUUACAUCGAACACGUUUGCGGCAUCUUCGCUGUGGCUGGAUUUCGUUUCGAAAAUUUGGCACAUAAUACCGACGUAGAGAAUAAUAAUACAAAGAUAUACAAUCAAAAAAUAGCAUUAUCUGUUUGUGCACAUUGGCGAGCUUUACAAUUCGCGGAGCUCCUUGAAAAUACCUUCUCUGUAGCUUUAGUUAUACAAAUGUUUAUAGUUAUCGUAGCGAUGAGUAUCACCUUUGUGCAAAUGGCGGUGCAAUUAGAAAACAUUAUUGAAACGACGAGAUACAUAGCAUUUGUUGUUGGUCAGUUAAUUCAUAUAUUCUGCUUUAGUCUGCAAGGCCAAAAGUUGAUAGACCACAGUUUACGAAUGCAUGAUAAGAUAUAUAAAUGUGCCUGGUACAAAAUACCCGUGAAAUCGCAAAGAUUGGUUCUAAACAUCAUGAGAAGGAGCAUGCAACCGAAUAUUUUGAGUGCAGGCAGGAUAUAUAUUUUCUCAUUGAAAAGCUUCAUGACGGUUUUACAAUCCUCGAUGUCAUAUUUUACCGUACUCGCGUCCUUCCAGUAAUCAAUGAUCA